AUGCCUCUCGCAAAGGAUCUCCUUCAUCCCUCUCCAGAAGAGGAGAAGAGGAAAGACAAGAAAAAGUGCCUGGUGCAGAGCCCCAAUUCCUACUUUAUGGAUGUGAAAUGUCCAGGGUGCUAUAAAAUCACCACGGUCUUUAGCCAUGCACAAACGGUAGUAUUGUGUGUUGGCUGCUCCACUGCUCUCUGUCAGCCUACUGGCGGAAAAGCAAGGCUGACAGAAGGAUGCUCCUUCAGGAGGAAGCAGCACUGAC